AAAGAAACAAACCAUUAGUGGUAAAGUGUGAUGAAUUAGUUCACCGAAGUAGACACAUCUGUAUUUUCGUGGCAUGUGCAUGGUGUGUGUGUGUGUGUGUGUGUGCGUGCGUGUGUGUGUGUGUGUGUUUAAUUUUGACCGUGCUGUGCAUGUGUUAGCUGCUCUCAAGCCCUGACUCAAGCUUGGUGGAGGUUUAAUCCUGUGCCCUUGUACACGUAGACUUGAUUAGUAGUUGUGGUUAUCUCAGCAGAAGACAUACCGCCCUCCUCCUAGUAUUGGUCGGGACCUGGGCAUUGGGGAGUCAAGGCAAAGGAGAAAGAAAAGAGAUUUUACAUUAGUAUUCUAUGAAAGCCUUACUGUCUGCAGAACAAAUUGAUUGCUCCGGUGUACCUGUGCUUGGCACCACUGCUGUGAAAGAAAGAGCACUGAUAUUCGCCUUUAAUUGGAAGCAAGAUGAAGAAGGAGCAGUGCAUUCACUAAGGAGUCUGUCUGCUUGCUUCUGUAGACCUACGUAUUAAGGAAUUCUUCUGCUUCUUCUUGCUUAGGAGUUGAUCUGCUCUGUGGUCCUACUGCUUUGGAGUUUGCCUGCUUUUUUUCUUGUCAUUGCCAGAAGAAAUCCUGGUUGGAGUGAAACAGUGCAUCUCUGUCUAAUUACCAUGGAAGGUGAUAAACUGACGCCCACUUAUUAAAGUUACAUCUCACUCCCCCACAGAAAACCAUUCUUCAGCGUGACUAGAAACCAAGCCCUUGUGAACACUUCUAUUGAACAUGACUCAUGGAGAAGAGCUUGGCUCUGAUGUGCACCAGGAUUCUAUUGUUUUAACUUACCUAGAAGGAUUACUAAUGCAUCAGGCAGCAGAGGGAUCAGGGACUGCCGUUGACAAAAAGUCUGCUGGGCAUAAUGAAGACGAUCAGAACUUUAACAUUUCUGGCAGUGCAUUUCCCACCUGUCAAAGUAAUGGGCCCAUUCUCAAUACACAUUCACAUCAGGGAUCUGGCAUGUUGCAUCUCAAAAAAGCCAGGCUCUUGCAGUCUUCUGAGGACUGGAACGCAGCGAAGCGGAAGAGGCUGUCUGAUUCCAUCGUAAAUUUAAACGUAAAGAAGGAAGCUUUGCUAGCUGGCAUGGUUGACAAUGUGCCUAAAGGCAAACAAGAUAGCACAUUACUGGCCUCUUUGCUUCAGUCAUUCAGCUCUAGGCUGCAGACCGUUGCUCUGUCGCAACAAAUUAGGCAGAGCCUCAAGGAGCAAGGAUAUGCCCUCAGUCAUGACUCCUUAAAAGUGGAAAAAGAUUUAAGGUGCUACGGUGUUGCGUCAAGUCACUUAAAAACUUUGUUGAAGAAAAGUAAAGCUAAAGAUCAAAAGCCUGAUACCAGUCUUCCUGACGUAACUAAGAACCUCAUCAGAGAUCGGUUCCCAGAGUCACCGCAUCGUGUUGGACAAAGUGGGACAAAGGUCAUGAGCGAACCCUUGUCGUGUGCUGCAAGAUUGCAGGCGGUUGCAAGCAUGGUGGAAAAAAGGGCUAGUCCUGCCACUUCCCCCAAACCUAGUGUUGCUUGCAGCCAGUUAGCAUUACUCCUUUCGAGUGAAGCCCAUUUGCAGCAGUAUUCUCGAGAACAUGCUUUAAAAACACAAAACGCCAGUCAGGCGGCGAGUGAGAGACUUGCUGCGAUGGCCAGAUUGCAGGAAAAUGGCCACAAGGAUGUUGGCAGUUUCCAGCUCUCAAAAGGAAUGUCAAGCCAUCUCAAUGGUCAGGCAAGAACAUCAUCAAGCAAACUAAUGGCUAGCAAGAAUACCACGUUUCAGAAUCCAGUGGGUGUUCCCUCUUCCCCCAAAAAUGCAGGCUAUAAGAACUCACUGGAAAGAAACAGUAUAAAACAAGCUGCUAGUAAUAGUUUGCUUUUACAUCUUCUUAAAAGCCAGACCAUACCAAAGCCAAUGAACGGACAUAAUCAUAGUGAGAGAGGAAGCAUUUUUGAGGAUAGCAGUACACCUACAACCAUUGAUGAGUACUCAGAUAACAAUCCUAGUUUUACAGAUGAUAGCAGUGGCGAUGAAAGUUCUUAUUCCAACUGUGUUCCCAUAGACUUGUCCUGCAAACAUCGAAUUGAGAAACCAGAACCCGACCAGCCUGUUUCUCUAGAUAAUUUAACUCAGUCCUUGCUAAACACUUGGGAUCCCAAAGUCCCCAGUGUCGAUCUCAAAGAAGAUCAAGAUACCUCAAAGAAUUCCAAGCUAAAUUCGCACCAGAAAGUAACACUUCUUCAGUUGCUCCUUGGCCAUAAGAAUGAAGAAAGCGUCGAAAGAAACAGCAGUCCUCAGGAAGUACACAGUGAUGUGACAAAGUUCGGUUCACAGAAUUACACGAGGACUUCUGUAAUAGAAAGCCCCAGUACAAACAGGACUACCCCAGUGAGCACUCCUCCAUUACUGGGAUCCUCAAAAGCAGAGUCUCCCAUCAACCUUUCCCAACACUCUCUGGUCAUCAAAUGGAACUCCCCACCAUAUGCCUGCAGCUCUCAACCUGAAAAGCCAGCAAAUACUGCAUCUAACCACUUGAUGGACCUUACGAAAAGCAAAGAAUCGCAAGGAGAGAAACCAGUCCAAAAUGAAGGUGCACAAAACUCUGCAACUUUCAGUGCCAGUAAACUGUUACAAAAUUUAGCUCAGUGUGGAAUGCAGUCUUCCGCAGCAGGAGAAGAGCAGAGACCUAGUAAGCAGCUGCUAAGUGUAAACACAGAUAAACCUGUAGGCAUGGUUGACAGAUUAAAUAGUCCUCUGCUCUCAAAUAAAACAAAUGCGGUUGAAGAAAAUAAGGCAUUUAGCAGUCCAGCAACAGGUCCCGAAUCAGGACUUUCUGGUUCUGAAAUAGAAAAUCUGCUUGAAAGGCGCACUGUCCUCCAGUUGCUCCUGGGAAACCCCAACAAAGGGAAGAGUGAAAAGAAAGAGAAAAUUCCUUUAAGAGAUGAAAGCACUCAGGAACACACAGAUAGAGCUUUAAAUGAACAAAUACUGAUGGUAAAAAUAAAAUCUGAGCCUUGCGAUGACUUACAUAUUCAUAAUACAAAUGUGCACUUGAGCCACGACGCCAAGGGUGCCCCGUUCUUAGGUAUGGCUCCUCCCGUGCAGAGAAGCACAGCUGCCUUACCAGUGCCCGAGGACUUUAAAUCGGAGCCCGUUUCACCUCAGGAUUUUUCUUUCUCAAAAAAUGGUCUGUUAAGUCGAUUGCUAAGACAGAACCAAGAGAGUUACCUGGCAGAUGAUCUGGACAAUAGUCACAGAAAUAGUGAACUGACACUUCUAGAAUCAAAGAAUCUUUGCAUGGUUCCUAAGAAAAGGAAGCUUUACACGGAGCCUUUAGAAAAUCCGUUUAAAAAGAUGAAAAAUAAUAUAGUCGAUGCUGCAAACAGUCACAGUGCUUCAGAAGUGUUGUAUGGGUCCUUGCUUAACCAGCAAGAGCUGAAAUUUAACAAAAGUGAUCUUGAAUUUAAAUAUCCUGCCAGCCAUGGUUCAGCCAGCGAUGGUGAACAUAGGAGUUGGGCCAGAGAGAGCAAAAGCUUCAAUGUUCUGAAACAGCUGCUUCUCUCAGAAAACUGUGUAAGAGAUUUGUCCCAGCACAGGAGUAACUCUGUUGUCGAGAGUAAAAAGAAAGGACACAAAAAUACUGUGACCAACAGCAAGCCUGAAUUCAGCAUUUCUUCUUUAAAUGGACUGAUGUACAGCUCCCCUCAGCCGAGCAGUUGCAUGGAUAGCAGGACAUUUCCAUACCCAGGGGGAGUAAAAACUCCCAUGAGCCCUUCUUUUCCCGAGCACAUGGGCUGUGCAGGGUCUAGACCAGAAUCUGGGCUUUCGAAUGGUUGUUCCAUGACCAGUGAGAAGGGACCCAUUAAGUGGGUUAUCACAGAUGCAGAUAAGAAUGAGUAUGAAAAAGACUGUCCCAGACUGACCAAAACUAACCCAAUACUGUAUUACAUGCUUCAGAAGGGAGGCAGUUCUGUUACCAGUCGAGAAACACAGGACAAGGACAUUUGGAGGGAGCCCUCAUCUGCUGAAAGCGUCUCACAGGUUACAAUCAAAGAAGAGUUACUUCCUGCUGCAGAAACUAAAGCUUCUUUCUUUAAUCUCAGAAGCCCUUACAAUAGCCAUAUGGGAAGUAAUGCCUCUCGCCCACACAGCGCAAAUGGAGAAGUUUAUGGACUUCUGGGAAACGUGCUAACAAUAAAAAAAGAAUCAGAAUAAAAUGUACCUGCCAUCCAGCUUUGGAUCUUUUUAAAACUAAUUAGUGUGAACUUGAGAUCUGUAUAAAUAAGAGCAUGAUUUGAGAAAAGCAUGGUAUAAUUGAAACUUUUUUCAUUUUGAAAAGUAUUGGUUACUGGUGAUGUUUAAAUAUGCAUACUACUUUUUGCUUUACGUUAGAUGCCAUGAGGAAACUACUGAACUAGCAAUUGGUUGUUUAACACUCUGUAUGCAUCAGACAACAACUGUGAGUAGCCUAUGAAUGAAAUUCUUUUAUAAUCACAAAUAAUAGGCAUAAAUGAAAAUGUAAAUCUCCAUCCAUAGUGGAUUAAUGCAUUUUACUGCCUUUAUUAGGGUACUUUAUUUUGCUUUGCAGAAGUCAGUCUACAUAACACAUGUGUUUUUAAGUCCAAAUUGUUAAAUAACUCUUUAAAUGUUAAUUAUUGAAUAAAAAAACCUAAUUCACUUCUCAUUAUCCGAUUCAAAAAUAAAAUAGAAAAAAUAUGCUUACAUUUUUCACUUUUGCUAAAAAAAAAUUAUUUUUAACUCUUGGAAGGGGUUUUGUGGUUCCCAAUGUGUCUACCCCACCCCAGUCCUUUUCAAUACCUAAUUCUUUAAACCUUGUACUACUUAGUAAAAAUUGAUUACAACUGAUGGAAGUUUGAUAGAUCCUUAAAAACAAAAAAAAAGGCAGAUUUCCAUUUUUGUAUUUUAACUACUUUACUAAAUUAAUAUUCCUCCUUUUACAGAAUUAGGAAGUUAACAUUUAUCUUCAGGUGGUUUCCUGAAUAGUUGAAUAUUUAAGAAGUUGUUUUUAACAGAAGCAAAAUGGCUUUUCUUUGGACAAUUUUCACCAUCUCUUGUAAAACUUACUUCUCACCAUUUCUGUGGUACCUGUGAGUCUUAUGACCAGGGUUUCUUAAAAGCUGGACUCAGACCACCUGCAUUCGAAUCAUCUGGAGCACUUGUUUUAAAAUGCAGAUUCCUAGACGGCAUCUCAGAUCUACAGAACAGCAAUCUGUGCUAAGCGGACCUGGGAAUCUCCCCUCUGCAUCUUAACACACUCCCCAGAUGUUUCUUCUGCAUGUUGAAGUUUGAGAACCAUUGCUUAUGACUUUUCUCAGAACACAGGAUUGUAAAAAAAAAAAAACAAAAAACCAAAAAAAAAAAAAAAAAAACCCUAUUUGAUGCCUAUAUUUUCCCCAGUACGGUUAUACAUCAACCCAAAAUUUGCAAUAUUGUAGUUCAUAUGUAACCGUUAUGUCUUUGGAAAUCGGGUUCAGAAUACUUUUUAUGACAAAAAAAAAUUGGGUGGAGGGGACAACUUUCAUAUCUGGCUCAACAUCUCAGGAAAAUCUGUAAUUAUUUAUGUGUUCUAAUGAGUAACAUCUACUUAAUUAGCCUUAGGGAUGGAAUAACAGGGCCACUUACCAAACUCAGGUGAUUCCAGGAUGGUUUGGACACUUCUCCUGAAUACAUCCUUAAUUUCUAUUAAAAUCAUUGUCCUAAGAACGUUGCUGACAGAGGUGAAAAUACUUACUUCAAACCCACGAAUGGCACUAAACUCAGAUUGACUAACAGAAAAGUAGAAAAGGCAUGGCGUGACAGAAGUUGUACACAACCACUCCAUUGGAUCUAUUAUUUUAAAAUAGUAAUUAAAAGUAAACACGGGUGUUAUCUUGGAAGAACUUACUUUUGAGCCACAUGGGGUUUUGAUCUUGAAACGAAUCCAUAUGUUUAAGUGCAGUUUUUACAGUCCACCAUUCAUUCACUAGAUAUUUUUGUUUUUAAAAGUGAACCAGGUUUGCAACUGACCUAUCAAAAAAUCGUUACAUAAUCAACUAUUAAUUAGAAGGAUAUCUAUUUGAAGUUGUUUCUAAGAUUUUUAUAUUAAAAAUGGGCGUUAUUUCCUAAUAUGAUCCAAAACCCUAAGUGAUUAUUUUUUCUCAAAAUGAUUUGUAAAUAGGUACUGGAUAUAUUAUAAAACAGUAGUCAAGAGUGAAUAUUAUGCUACAUCAUGGAGAGAUGAAGGCAUAUGCUUAUUCUGAAAUGGAAAUUCCACUGGCCAGUGAAUAUAUUCUACUCCAUCCCAUAUUUACUCUGUGACAAUCUUGUGACAAUAUAAAUGAGCUUUUAAGCAAGUCAUUUUUUUCCUGCCAUUAUGAAAAGUCUGGAGCCUUAGAGGUAGGUUAGAAAAAUUGUUGGUAUUCCCUUUUGAUUAGGGGAAAAGAGGCUUUUACAAAGGAGUGAAAUUUAGGUCAAGGAAAAGGACAUCAAGGGCCAGCAUUGCUACAUUUUUGUUUGUUUCUUUGGUUGGUUGGUUUUGUUAUCAUUAUUAACAGUUAAAGGGAUGAGGGUAUAUAAUACGUAGGUAAACAUGACCACAAGAAUGAUGUUCUGAUGUACUGGAGAAUGUCCCUAAUUUGAGUUUAGGGUGAUUUUAAAGAAGAGUGGUGAGAAAGGGCAUACAUCCAUAUCCACUUUGUUUAUGCAUAUGUAGAUACAAGGAUGCACAUACACACGUUUUCAAGGACUAUUUUAGAUAUCUAGACAAUUUCUUCUUAAUGAAGUCAUUUGUGAAAGGGUACUACAGCUCUCAUUGGCAUCAGUAAGGUAGCAUUACCUGUUUAUUCUCUGGUACAUCUUACAGAAGAGUAAACUGGUGAGAAUAUAUAUUUUAUAUAUAUAUAUAUAUAUAUAUAAUAUGUAUAUAUAUAUAUAUUGACUUGUUACAUGAAGAUGUUAAAAUCAGUUUUUAAAGGUGAUGUAAAUAGUGAUUUCCUUAAUGAAAAAUACAUAUUUUGUAUUGUUCUAAUGCAACAGAAAAGCCUUUUAAUCUCUUUGGUUUCUGUAUAUUCCAUGUAUAAGUGUAAAUAUAAUCAGACAGGCUUAAAAAUUGUGCAUGUGUGUAUACAGUUGCAAGUCUGGACAAAUGUAUAGAAUAAACCCUUUAUUUAAGUUGUGAUUACCUGCUGCAUGAAAAGUGCAUGGGGGACCCUGUGCGUCUGUGCAUUUGGCAAAAUGUCUUAACAAGUCAGAUCAGAUGUCCAUCCCAACAGGACAGUAUUCCAUUUCCGGACAUGACUUCUGUGGUUUAAGCUUUGUGAAAGAAUGUGCUUUGAAUCCAAGGGUCUUAAAACUUUUUAAAAUCAAGUCAACCACUUUUCAACAUAAAGAGUUCAGACAACUACUUUCAUGAAUUUUUUAAUCCCAUUGGAAAUGUAACAUUAUACCAAGAGUGUUCCAGUAUACUGGAAUACAGGCACAUUACCAUUCAUGAUAUGAAUUCUGGGGUUUACACAACCAAUUUUGAUGCAAUCUGCUUAGUAAUAUAAUUUGUCAUUUUUAUUAGAAAUUUAAUUUCUUCAUGUGAUGUCAUGAAACUGUACAUACUGCAGUGUGAAUUUUUUGUUUUGUUUUUUAAUCUUUUAGUGUUUACUUCCUGCAGUGAAUUUGAAUAAAUGAGAAAAAAUGCAUUGUC